AAAAAAAAAAAAAAAAACCAUAGUAAAUGUGAGAAUCGAAAAGAAGGAUUUUCACAUUAAUCAGUAACAUACCCCUAGUUAUGUGUUUAGUUGGUAAUCCAAGUAUAUCCAUUUAAUUGUUACCUAUCACAACAGUAGGAAGAAGCAAAAGCGGUACGUCUAUUUAAUUCUUAAAAGACACCUAUAAAAAGAUUUGACAUAUAGAGAGAGUAACAAAGAAAGUAGAGAGGAAGAAGCAUUUCCUACUCUCUUUUCACUAUGGCUAAAGACGGUGGCUUUUCUUGUCUACGAAGAUCAGAGAUGAUCGGUAUAGGAAUCGGAGAACUUGAAUCUCCACCGUUAGAUUCUGAUCAGGUCCACGUUCUCGCCGUUGAUGACAGCCUCCUUGAUAGAAUCGUCAUCGAAAGAUUGCUUCGAAUCACAUCCUGCAAAGUCACGGCGGUUGAUAGCGGAUGGCGUGCUCUCGAAUUCUUAGGAUUGGACGACAAGAAAGCCGCCGUCGAAUUCGAUAGAUUGAAGGUUGAUUUGAUCAUCACUGAUUAUUGUAUGCCUGGAAUGACUGGAUACGAACUUUUGAAGAAGAUUAAGGAAUCGACAAGUUUUAAGGAAGUUCCUGUUGUAAUUAUGUCGUCGGAGAAUGUAAUCACUCGUAUCGACAGAUGUCUCGAAGAAGGUGCGGAGGAUUUUUUACUAAAACCGGUGAAGCUCGCCGACGUGAAACGUCUGAGGAAUUACUUGACUAAAGACGUUAAAGUUGCCGCCGACGGAAACAAACGGAAGCUCACUACUCCUCCUCCGCCGCCGCUCUCAUCCACAUCCUCGAUGGAAUCUUUGGACUCAACGGUGGAAUCGUCUCUAUCUUUGGUUGUUGACGAUGAUUCGUUGAUAAUGUCGCCGGAAUCUUCAACGUCGCCGGUGAACUCGCCGAUGAAACGGUUGGACAGUUAGAUUAGGAUGAUCUCCGUUACCUUUUUACUUUGAAGCAGUGUUCUAAAAAGCGGUCUAGGCGGUCGCCUAGGCCCCGACUAGGCACUAGGUUCUCAUGCGACGCCUAGAUA